UCUCUCUCUCUCUCUCUCUCUCUGUACUGUAUAAGUACAGAUCUGUGAUGGAGACCCCAUCACACCGCAGUUCACUUUUACGCAGUGGAGAUGAGCGCUCGGAUAGCGAAAUCCAACCCGGCCAUGAAACUGAUAGUGCUCUUCACAGCUUCUCUUUCCUGGGCCUUCCAGCAGCAGGCCGUACCACCGAAGUACCAGUACCUCGACCCCGUGACGUCUGACCUCCUAAUGUGCGACCAGUGCCCUCCUGGUACGGCUGUGAAACGACACUGCACUGCCGACACACCCACAGAGUGUCAGCCCUGUCCUGAGAAGCAUUUUGCUGAGAACUGGCACUGGGGCGACACGUGCCAAUACUGUACCUCGGUGUGUAAGGAGAGGCAGCUCGUCAAGCAGCAGUGUAACAGCACUCAUGACCAGCUGUGUGAGUGUGCUCCAGGGUUCCACCUCGUGGUGGAGUUCUGCAUCAAACACAGUACCUGUCCUCCCGGCCAGGGGGUGACAGCUUCAGGCACGGCGGUGAGCGACACGGUGUGUAAACGCUGUCCCGCUGGUCAUUUCUCCUCCAGUGACUCCUCCACCGAGCCAUGUCGGCCCCACAGAAACUGCUCAGAUUUGGGCUUGAAGACACUUAGAUGGGGCACAUCCUCUUCAGACAAUCUUUGUAGCACUCAGGACAAGACGCCAACACUGGAGUGCUCUCAGCAUCACACUCUGUGCCACAAUGAUGUGACUCUGUGUGAGGAUGCAGUCUACCAGUCACUCUCCUCGCUGCGACUGUCCUCGGUGCCCCUGGAGCGGCUGUUGGAGAGUCUUCCCGGGCGAAGGGUGGAUCGUAAGAGCCUGGAGAGGCUGAAGAAGGCCUGCUCUCCCCAGCAGCAGGUCCACCAGCUGCUGCGACUGUGGAGGGAGCAGAACAAAGACCAGGACAAGCUGUAUGGCAUCAUUCAAGGUGUGAACCACUGCGAGAGGAAAGUCUCCCGCUGCCACAGCCUAAAAAACCUGACCCUAGAUGACCUCCUGAAGGUCACAAACAGCCUGCCUGGGAUCAAAGUUCAGCAGGAGGAUGUCCGGGCUGUGUUCUCUACCUGUCUGCCCAGGCAGUACAUCCUGCAGCUUCUUCACCUCUGGAAGACAGUAAACUAUGACUUGGAUCUAGCCAAAGGCCUGUCCCACAGUCUGAGGGUGAUGCGCAGCCAGGGGGCACCACGCUAUCUGGUGAAAGGCCUGAAGAGGAUCAGCCGCAUUGUAGGAGUCACUUCUGCGCACAAGAUGUAUGAGAAGAUGUUUGUCAGUAUGCUUCAGGAUGAGUCGUGUUUUAAGGCUCUGAAGCCAUUAAACGAAUAGAGAAUUCGGUGGUACGAACAGGAAUAUAUGUCAUCUAAAGAAUGAACAGACACUAAUGCAUUGUCACAUAGUGAGCACACAAACAUAAAAGGACACACAUUUAGUGAGCGGGGGGAUAAACGUAUGUGAGUAACAGACAUGGGUCAUUAUGUCAGGUCUUUAAGAUAUCACCAAUAUCAAGCAGUUCAUGUAGUGCCUCGAAGUAUUUUAUCUAGCUACAAAACAAAGGCAUGAUGAGAGGCAAAUUCUUCUUUUCUUGUCUGAUUUUCCAGCCAAACCCCAUACCAAAAUAAGGGCAUUUUGAUAAUAUGAGGUGACAAGGAAUGCUAAUAAAUUAACCCUGAGUCUAUAGUAUCUGUCUGCAAUGAUGAAUCUAAUAAACAUACAAAGAUUUUUUUAAAAAACUAUUACACAUCUGUGUGCUCCAAACAAAAAACCUAAAAAAUGAACUUUUUGACCAGAGUCUGUGAAAAAAUAAAAAACUAUUUAAGAUGUAAAUAGCACACUAUUUUAUGGAAGAUAGGCUGGCAAAUGUUGUGUUUUUAUUAAUAUUGCUUUCUCGCAGAUUGAGAGGAAGGAUUUGGUUUCAUAAUGAAAUACGUGUAUUUUCUAUAGUUUUCCUUUGUUUGUUGGAUUGUUAUGGACUGCUGGCAAGUAAAGCUCAUCUGAUUUUUUGAAAAAUUGUCAGCUUUAUGAAUGUACAAAGGAGUGCAAUGUGUUUUCUAUUUAAAAUAAUAAGAAGAAUUUUACUUUCUGAAUAUGUAAAGGCUUGUUUUUAUUACCUUAUCAGAAAUACUGGAUUCCAAAUGCUGCAAAUUCAUGAAGUGAUAUUUGUUUUAUAUUUUGUUUUAUCACUUUUAUAUUAUUAAAUGUAUGGUCUUUAUUGUAUAUAUGCCCGACUGGUCCUCUUUAAGCUUGUGUAACUUUGUGAACACUAAUGUCAAAUGAUCUGAUUAAAAUCAGUUUGUAAAAAUGCAUUGUUUCUUCAUAAAUAAGCUACUGCAGGACUGAACAGAUGACUGAGUUCUGCUGUUAUUCAGUAACUCAGAUCUCUGUUCAUGUUCAGAACCUGGAAACUGGCUGACUACCACUAUUAAUAAAACUUUGUCC